CGUCCUGGACAAUAAGCGCCACCCUUGAACUACUCCUACGCUCGCGAUUCGCUGAAAUUUGCGAACGUGACGUCACAUCCGUCAGCGUCUGUGCGCAUGUCCGUUCUGUUCCCAUAGACAAAUAUUGUGUCAUCAUAGCGUGUGCUAGAAAGAGAGGAAAUGUGAUUUACUGGUCGAAUGGAACAGGUAUUGCCGCAUUUCAGGGUUUCAGCGAAAAAAUUAGGCCUGUUUCCGUUCUUUCCCCAACAGGACGUCGAAGAGAUUUCUAAUCUCUUCCCUGUCCGAUAAAACCACAUUUAUAAGCUAUUUUGAACAACACCAGCAAAGUAGCGUGAAGGAAAGUUACAAGAACAUCAAAGAAACGCAAAAAAUCAGCGAAGAUGACUUACGAUAAAGAAUACCGCAACAACUUUCCAAGUAAAGGGGGUAGUGGUGGUAGCUAUGGCCAAAAGCUGGGCGGCAGCUUUAAACGUAAUGGAAACGGUGGCGGAGGCGGCUUCCAGAAUGGCAGGGGAAACCGUUUUGGGGGCGGUCAACGCAACGGAGGCGGGCUGAGGGCGGUCGAAUGGUCCACCAAACGGCUGCAGCCGUUCAAGAAGGACUUCUACGUGCCGCAUCCCGCUGUCGCUAACCGGUCCGACUUUGAGGUUGAACAGUACAGAAACUCUAAAGAAAUCGCAGUUGAAGGAAAUGCACCAAAUCCUAUUCAGAACUUUGGGGAGGCUAACUUCCCUGAUUAUGUCAUGGCAGAAAUCAAAAACCAAGGCUAUGAAUAUCCAACAGCAAUCCAAGCCCAAGGCUGGCCCAUUGCCAUGAGCGGCCAAGACAUGAUUGGCGUAGCUCAAACAGGCUCAGGCAAAACCUUGGCUUACACUCUACCAGCCAUUGUUCACAUCAACAACCAGCCACAGAUCAGCAGGGGUGAAGGGCCUAUUGCUCUUAUUUUGGCGCCUACCAGAGAGCUUGCCCAACAAAUUCAACAGGUUGCCAAAGAUUUCGGUAGCUCAUCGUACAUCCGUAGCACCUGCAUCUUUGGCGGAGCUCCCAAAGGGGGUCAAGCCAGGGAUUUGGAAAGGGGUGUGGAGAUCUGCAUUGCUACUCCUGGCAGACUGAUUGAUUUCUUGGAAAAAGGCACCACCAAUUUGGAGAGAUGCACAUACCUUGUAUUGGAUGAAGCUGACAGGAUGUUGGACAUGGGUUUUGAGCCCCAGAUACGCAAGAUUCUGAGUCAAAUCAGACCCGACAAGCAAACUUUGAUGUGGUCUGCUACAUGGCCGAAAGAAGUAAGGAAACUCGCUGCAGAUUUCAUGAAUAACCCCAUUCAGAUCAAUGUAGGAUCAGCCAAUCUAUCAGCCAACCACAACAUUCUUCAGAUUGUCGACAUCUGCCAGGAAUCUGAAAAGGAACAUAAACUGGGCGCCCUCCUCAACGAAAUUGGUUCUAACGGAGAUCCAGGCGCGAAGAUCAUCAUUUUCGUUGAAACUAAAAGGAAAGUUGAAGGCAUCACGAGGAACAUCAAACGGUACGGAUGGCCGGUUGUUUGUAUGCACGGAGACAAGACCCAACAGGAGAGAGACUACGUGCUUAAGGAGUUCAGGAAUGGACAAGCCCAGAUUUUGGUUGCUACUGAUGUUGCUGCUAGAGGAUUGGAUGUGGAUGGAAUCAAGUAUGUGGUGAACUACGACUAUCCUAACUCAUCAGAGGAUUACAUUCAUAGAAUAGGCAGAACGGGAAGAUCAGACACCACAGGCACGUCAUACGCUUUCUUCACACCGUCCAACUACAAACAAGCUAAGGACCUCGUAUCUGUGCUUACUGAGGCCAAACAGACUGUGAAUCCCAAGUUGGCAGAGAUCGCCAGCAAAUCCGGUGGCUACGGAGGCGGCAGAGGUGGCGGCCGAUGGGGCUACGGAAACGGAGGAGGAUAUAGAGGUGGAAGGGAAAACUCCGGGCCUAGACAGCAUAUCAAGUUUGGCGGAAACAGCAAUGGCGGCGGUUAUAAUAAUAGAGCAUAUUAAAAAUGUGCGGCAGCACUGACAACCAAGUUCCAGUAUUCUCUCUCCAGUGCAUUCCAUGCACAAGUCUUUUCCUGUAUUUUCAUUUAAGUUAGUUUUUUUAUACGAUGCUUAUUUGACGUAUUUCAUGGAAAUAUAACGUUGUCGUUUUUGUUGCACAUGUAUUUAUGUCUAACAUAAUCUUAUAUACUCACUGAUGAUAAAUGUGUGUAUUUCUGUGAUAGAAAACGUAGAAGUUUUGUUUUUUUUUUGUGUCAGGGAAUAUGAAUCUUUAUCUGCCGCUAAUGAACCAAAAUUUAAUGUUAAUAAAAGUCUUUCUAAGAUA